AUGUCUUCAGAUCCACCAAGCUUUCCAUUUCAGCGUGCCUCGGGCUCAGAGCCGCCGGCUGAGUUCGCCAGACUGCGAGCUACCGAGCCUGUCUCUCAGGUCGAGCUAUUUGAUGGCAGUCUUGCGUGGCUGAUGACCAAGUACAAGGACGUCACCUUUGUUGCGACUUCUGAUAAACUCUCCAAGGUCCGUACACGAACUGGCUUCCCGGAGUUGACCGCACGCGGAAAGCAGGCUGCGGAGGCAAAAUCAACUUUCGUGGAUAUGGACCCUCCAGACCACAUGCGUCAAAGGGGUAUGGUGGAGUCACUCUUUACCCCAGAAGCCGUUAAGAAACUGCAGCCGUACAUUAAGAAGACCGUUGACGAUCUUCUUGAGAAUCUGAAGCAAAAGGGCAGCGCCAAUAAGCAGGUUGAUCUUGUCAAGGAGUUUGCACUGCCUGUGCCAUCAUAUCAAAACGCCAUUCGCACAAAUGGAAGUUCCACGGCUCGAGAGGCGUCGGCCGCUAACAAGGAGCUACUUCUCUACCUUGCCAGCCUGGUUGAAAAGCGUCUCGAGGAGCCCAAAGAUGACCUCAUUAGCAAGUUAUGCACCGAACAAGUGAAGCCUGGAAAUAUUGAAAAGCCAGACGCAGUGCAAAUUGCCUUUUUGUUGCUGGUUGCUGGCAAUGCUACCAUGGUCAACAUGAUUGCAUUGGGAGUCGUAACACUAGCCCAGCAUCCAGAGCAGCUAGCUCAACUCAAGUCUAAUCCAUCACUCGCCCCUCAAUUUAUCGAGGAGCUUUGCCGUUUCCAUACCGCAUCUGCACUUGCCAUGAAGCGAACCGCCAAGGAGGACGUCGAGAUUGGUGGCAAGCUCAUUAAAGUAAACGAAGGAAUCAUCGCUUCGAAUCAAUCAGCCAAUCGCGAUGAAGACAUUUUUGAAAAUGCCAAUCAGUUUAACAUAAACCGUAAGUGGCCGGCUGAAGAUCCCCUUGGCUUUGGGUUCGGUGACCAUCGAUGCAUUGCCGAGCACCUUGCCAAGGCUGAGCUGAUAACUGUAUUUGCAUCACUAUAUCAGAAGUUCCCUGAUCUCAAUGUGGUUAUACCUCUCGAGGAGGUCAACUAUACUCCGUUGAGUGGGGACGUGGGAAUUGUCGAUUUGCCAGUCACUCUCUAA